AACCGCGAUCGACAAUCGCCAUAUUGUUUUAAUACAUUUUAAAGGGUUUAAACUAUUUUUAUUUCGUUGGUGAUUUAGUUGAUCAUAUAGUUAUCACAAUAAACAAUUAUUGAAAUGGAUUCACUAGUCGGUUACGGAAGCGAUGAUGAUAUUGAAACUGAGCGCUAUGGACAUCAAGCAUCGGUGGGGAGCCAUCGUAGAAGAGAAGAUGACACUAACUAUGAUCAAGUCAACAUGGAUCUAAGUGAGGAUUCCCAAGGAGAAGAGUCUGAGCCAGAAUUGCCGCAGGCUGAGUCACGGGUAUUACGACAGACAUCUGGAGAGGACCAGUCAAGCUCUACUGACAGUCGAGACGCAGAACGCCCACGGGAAUAUGGCAAAGAUCGUGAGCGUGACCGUCAUCGCGACCGUGACCGUGAUCGCGAACGGAAAGACAAGCGCCGCGAAUCACCGCGGAGGGACCGUGAACGCUCUGAAAGAGAUCGUCGCUCGCCACGCAGAGACGAUAAAUACAGAUCGGAUCGUAUUGAAAGGCCACGUGAUGCACCACGUCGAGGAUUACUUGGCGACAGACCAGACGAUAGACACCCGCCUAUUGAUAGCAAGAUGCCAGCAUUAAUGGAUCUUAAACCAUUUGGAAGUGACGGGCCGCCCAGGAUAAAAUCACAAGACGCUCGUGACGCUGUAUCUCCCAGGUUUGUAGAUCGUCGGGAACGUGAUCAUGAGCGUGAUCAUGGACGCGACCGUGACUCUGACCGUGACCGCGAACGAGAACGCGAUUAUGAUGGCAGACACAACCGACGUUCGGAAGAUAGACGGUCAUCGGGACGCGACAGAGGCAGCGAGAGGUCUCGAUCACGUGGUCACGCCUAUCCUCCCCCACACACGUCAAAUGAACGAAGAUCACCCUCAUCUGGUGACUACAGACCGUCUUCAUACAAAGUCAAUAAGAAGCUCGAGGUUAUGGAAAAAAUGGGAUUACAAAUCAAAACACCAGAUGGUUCUAUGACAACGGCGCAGCAGUUACGCGCUGCUGCUGGUGAUCAUCCUUCAGGUCUUCCAGGCUAUUGCAAUCCUGGCUCUAAUCCUGCCAGCAAGAUAUUGGAUCAGGUACAAAAACGUAAACUUCUCUGGUCAAACAAGACAAAGUCUGCAGAAGAAGAAGCUGCUAAAUGGAGUGGGGCGCGAUUCUCGCAGGACAACGAUGGAAAACAAGUCUCCAAGUUUAUGCGGCUUAUGGGAAUUAAGGAUCCUAGUGCAGCCAAAGGCGAAGUUCCCGAUGAUGCAGACCCUAACAAAAAGCAAGAAGAAUUGUUCCAAGCUAUGCAGGCACAAUAUGAAGUGGCUCGAGCAACUACACACACUAUGAGAGGAGUGGGUUUAGGUUUUCAACGUGGACAGUAUUGACAAGUGUAAAUUCAAGUCAAAUCUCUAUCGCAUUAAUCUAUAAAAUCUUAUUCUUAAGUCACUGGUAGUAGUUUCAUCUAUACUAGAACUACAAUAGUAUUUUUAUGUACAUACCUGAUAACAAUUUGUAUUAAUGAUAAAUUUUCAAUAAUUAUGAAACAUAAAGAAUUUUUGUCUCUUAUUAGAUUUAACGGUCAAUUAAUGUUUUAUGCUUCGUAAUUUUAUUUUGUUAUUCUGUUCAUUAUUACAUUUUGUCCAUUUGUAAAUUUUUUCUUGACAUCUGACCCAUGUUGUAUUUCUAUGAGCUCACUGUAAAAAGUCACCGAAACUAUCAAUUGUGUUUGCGGGGUUUCCUGAGAUGUACAGAAAAUAUUUUAUGUCUUAAUCUACUUUAAGACAGAGUCAAACAUUGAGACUUCUUUACAUAAGAUUUUUUAAUAAGGGCUCGAGUGAGAAUGCUCUUUAUAAACCUUAUGGUUUUAAUACAUUAAAAAUUUAAAGCUUUGUAUCUUUACAUGUAAAGAGAUUGUAUGUGUGAUAUAGCUUAAGUUAUGUAAAAAGAAGUAACUGCAAUGUUACCUUUGAUUUAAGUAUAAGUUAGUGUAAUAUUUCAUAAUAUGUAAUCUUUACAAUUAUUUUCUUUUUUGUUUCAAUAAAGUUAUAAUUUACCA